AGCGCGAGCCACUGCGAGGCUUUUUGUUGUUGUUGUUGUUGUUGUUGUUGUUUAGUUUGUUUGUUCAUCGUGACGUAAAGGAGCCCCACACGGUGUGUUUCGAGUCUGCCAGGUGAUGGAGAGCCGCCGCUGACGGAGAUCCCCGACUCCCCUCACACCAACAGGUCCUUCUGACUCCAUCUUCCCCCCUUCAAAAAAAUCAUUCUGCGAACCCCCGACAACAGAGCUGGAGCCGAGACGGUCGAGCAUGGACGUGCCCAGGAUGGCCGAGGGCCUCUUCAGCAGCACGCUGUCCUCGUCGGGCGGCGGCCAUCACGUGCCUUCCUACCUGACGCUGGAGCAGAAGGCGGCCUUCGUCUUCGUGCUGCUGCUCUUCAUCUUCCUGGCGCUGCUCAUCGUGCGCUGCUUCCGCAUCCUGCUGGACCCCUACCGCAGCAUGCCCUCGUCCAACUGGACGGACCACACCGAGAAGGACACGUUCGACUACCGCAUCGUCUGA